AAUUACAUUUUGAGUGCAAGGAGCAGAGCGCGGGCCAGCACAGGACCGGGUUUCGCACCCCACAAAAUCCAAAUCCAAAUUACAUCACAGACUCCUUGCAGCGGUCCGACAGGGCCGCCUUUAAGACGCCCAUCAGUAAACCAUCUGCACCCAGUUCAGUGACCCCGGGUCACUUGGCGGUUCCCCCCGAAAUCGCGCCCCGUAGCGCCCGCGCGCAUGUCCAUAAAAUUCUUCAUAAUGCAAAAGGCCGAUGCGAGCAAAGAGAGCCAGCGAAACGGCGCCCCUCAGGAAAAACGACUUGAAUGCAGGUCGUCGCGCGCACCGUAGUGUCACUGCAAAUGCUUACAAUACAGCUAAAUGUUCAUAAUGCUCAGUUCAGCUCUUGUCGGGGGCUAACGAGCUGAGCCUGCCUUCAUCGCGCCCUCAGUAACGCCACAUCGCAUUACCUUGCCGCGGCGCCAUAGACACCGCGAUAUACUUCACAAUAUCUUUAAGUGCGUACAAACGUUUUAACAACAAUUCGUGCACGAUAACGAGCACAGGUGCUUCAAGUCGCUCUAGAACGCUGGUCGCUCCCCACUGUAGCAACGCCAUAGGCCUCGCGGGCCGCGCCUAAAUGACUUUCACAUACAUGAGGCACUGCUAGACAUGGCAGAGCUGCAAAUCCCGGCGAUGCACCUCGCGGGUUUCUGGGCAUGGCGUUGUUGCGCCGUUCCGCCAGCGAGGACGCGUCUAUCUUCCCUGCACAGCAUUUCCGACAUGCUUUGACAAGUCUCUUCGCGCGACAUGGAAGCCCUCGCGGAGGACGCGCGCAAUUUCAAGACUGCACACGCAGUGGCCAUCGUGCAAUUGUGUUUUAAUGGCCAGAAGAGCUUGGAACAAAGCAGGAACGCAGUGAAAAACUGGAACCAAAUUGAUAAAUGGAAGCUCACGACGCGCAGUUUAGCGUCGGGGCGAAAGCAGCUGGCCGUCACAACACCGGCGGAACUGUCGAAGGUGUUGGAGCGUUGCUCGCGGGGCGGCGCCGAUGCUGCGCUGGUGGCCGAGGUCGGCCAGCGGCUGAACCCCCUGCUGGGCCCAACAGGCGUGCCCGAGGAAGCCGCAGCCCCAAGCACUGCCGACUUGCCGGCAGCACCAAACCCUGGCCCGGGCGCAGGCGGCACAGCAGGUGAUGCGUCCGCCACCAGCCCGCGGCAGCCGCAGCCGCAGCCGCAGCCGCAGCCGCAGCCGCAGCCACACCCGCAGACAGAUGCCAACGCUGCUGCCCGCGAAGCGCUCACGAACUUCGUGACGACGCUGUGGAAUGGGCGGGCGCCAGCGCAGGCCAGCGUUGUGGUGCACGGCCUGCUUCCGCACCUCGACAAGGGCCGAUGCCAUGACCUGGUGGUGUGCUGGCAAAAGGAGGGGAAGCUGCGCCUCGGCACAGCUUCCUUCAGGCGGAAGCGCGCCAAGCCAUCCAGGGCGCUGGCUCUCAAUACUCCGGAGGACCUGGUGGCGGUGAUCUUGCGCUGCAAGACUGAAUGCACUGGAGGGCCACAUCUUGCCGGCCUCUUGGCAGCCAUUUACACACGCACCCGGGCUGGGUUGGCUGACAGCGCAGAUGGCACCCACUUCCUGGACUUCACCACGCUCACGCCUGCUGAAACCAAGGCUGCGGCCACCGCUGCGCGUCUGCAGGCGGAGGUGCAGCGGCUGCAGCAGCUCCGGACAGAGCGCGGCACUCCGGAUCCUGCUCCUGCACGGCAGCGAGCUGGCGCUGCUGGUGGCGCACAGGCCGGCCCCGACAACGAGCACGUCGCUGGCCUGGAUGGUGGCGGCGGCACCCCUGUGCACCGCCGCCACCCGGAUGGGCUCUGGGCGCGCAGCUGGCGCGGCCGGGGCCGGCGGGCGUGGGAUGUGUGCCGCUGGGCGGUCCGCUGGAACACGCUGCGGCAGUUCCUGACGGUCUAUGUCUGCUGCGCACUGUGCGGCUUCACGGCGUACCCGACUGGCGACGAGAUGGCGAAGUGGGGCUUGCGCACGCCGCGGCCGGGCGAGAGCCCACCGCACGAGCUGUACAACGCGCUGCACUCUGGCGUCAUGGCGGGGCCGGAUGGUUCGUGGAUGCUCUGCCCUACGUGUGCCGGCAAGCAGCAACAGGACGGCCGGGCGGAGCAUGUUGUGUUCCACACGCCAGACUACGCGCGGCAGGUUACACGGCUUGAUCCCUCGCUGCAGAUGCUGCUGUCACUGGUGAACGUGGGCGCGGGGUUUGCAGCCAACGCGAAGGGCUAUUUCACUGCGCGGCUGCAGCAGCCGCAUGCAGUGGGUGCGGCGAUGCUGGCGUGGGACGACAGCGCGUCCGAGCGGGCGCAGCUGGUGCCUGAGGGUGUGCGGGAGGUGCUGGGCUGGAGCCUGGCGUUCAACCCCAUCUACCAGGCGUACCUGUCCGUCAUCGAACAGCGCGGUCCCGAUGCGUCGCAGUCGUUCUUGGGCCCGGAGGCGGUGGCGUCCUUUGCUGCUGAUGCCAUUGCCCGCAGCCCCGUCGCCUACAUGCUGCCGGAGCACAACGAGAUGUGCAAGAGCGUGCUGGCGGCGGUGAUGCCAACACUGCCGCCGCCGCUGUCGCUCCGUGCGCCGCCUACGUCAUACACCGCCGGCACGCUGCACCCACGUGCUGGGCUGCUCGGUGCAGCAGCAGUGGGCGGGGCCCUGGCGGUCGGAGGGAAUGGGCUCACGCAGCCACAGGUCAUCAUCCUGCCGGACGGCUCGGCGGCCGCCUCCUCUGCACCCGUGGGCGGACAGGACCUGCUGCUCACCGCGGAGCUGGCCAUGUUCCCCUACCUAUUCCCCUUUGGCUCUGGCGCCUUUGGAGGCUCGUCCAUGGCGUUCAGCGACUACCUGCAAUUCCGUGCCCGGUGCUUUCUGUCCGUGUGGACACUUGUCCAGCCGUACCUGCUGCUCAUGUUCGCUGUCCGCACAACCACUCAGCUGUAUGGCGGCCACAACACCAAGGUGGUGCUCGAGCGUGCCAUCGCUGAGUACCGCAAACGACAUCCCGAUGCCAAUGACGAAAAGCUGAUCAAGCACAUCAUCAAGUACAGCCUGCCAUCCACCCUGCCCAACACGCCAUCGUGGCACCGCCGCAACCUGCAAGACCUGCUGGCGCUGGUGGACCGGUGGGGCCUGCCCACCCACUUCCUUACGCUCACCGCCGACGAGUUCUCCACGUCCCGCUGGGAAGAGGUGGAAACGCUCGAGGACAUGGUCCGCAAGUUCUGCACCAGCGCCACUUGGCGAGAUGCCCCCGCCGAGAAUGCCUACCUGUUUCAUCGCCGUGUCCAGAUGUUCAUGCGCGAGAUGCUGCGCACGCGGCGAGGCGGCAAGUCUGGUGGCAAGGGCGAGUCCGGCGUGCUGGGCCGCGUCCAGCACAACGUGACCCGGUACGAGGUCCAGGGCCGCCAGUCCCUUCACGCCCACAUUCUUCUGUGGGUGCAUCCGGAUGACGUCGACCGUGUCUCAUCUGAGAUCGUCGCGUGUGUCCCUGCAAAGUACGUGGGCAAGGACGGCGUGUGUGAUGAGCACGACCCCAAUUGCCCCAAUGGCCGCGAGUGCUGGGAGGCCCCCAGCGACGACCCGCAUGCGCUCACCCUCUUCGACCACGUGAUGAGCAAGCAGGUCCACUUCUGCACGCCCAUCAAGCGCCCCGGCUGUCGCAAGCAGGGUACCUGCCGCUACGGCUUUCCAUGGAAACCGCACGACUCACCGGUCCCGAUCGUGGACCCUGCCACGCGGCGCUACGUCUACUACCGGCCGAGCUGGGCGCACCGCAACGUGUCGCCGUACCACCCAACAGUGGCGCUGCUGUGGGGCGCGCACAUGAACCUGCAGCGCAUCACCUCAUCAGACUGGAGCUUUUAUGUCCUCAAGUACGCCAUGAAGACCGAGCCGAGCGGCCACCUGAACCUGACCGACGCAAGCCGUGUUGCGCUGGGCCUUCCCGAGGACCAGCCCGGUGCCGCUUUCAGCACCACGUACCUGGUCAAGAUCAUCUCGGCCUACCUCACCUCCACCGCUCUGAGCCCGACGCUUGCCUUCUUGGGCUGCGCCCAGAUCAACACGGUCUUCAUGUCCUCGGGCGUGGACUUCGUGUGCAGUGCUCCGCCAACCACACGCACGCGCACGGUUUUCAAGGGCGCGAAGCUGUGCGCCUGCCCUGUGGACAUGUACUCCCUGCGCCCGACCAGCCUGGCGCAUGUGACCUUCACAUCCUACUUCCGCAACUACCGCCUGGUGCCCGCGAAGGCGCCGCGCGGCUGGAGAGCUGGUGCGCAGCGCACGGCGGUUGGCCUUACAGCCGCGGCCGCUGUGGCAACAGCGACCGCUGGCGGAUUGGCGGCGGUUGCCACCGGUGGGCUGGGCGCUGCAGCUGCUCUUGGCGUCGCCGCCGCGGCAGGCGCGGCCGGGGCAACCGUUGCCAGGGCGGCCGCACGAGCAGCUGGGGCCGCGGCAGCAACGGAGCGGGACGGGCCUGUGCUACGGCAGGCGCCGCCGGGCGGGGAGUUGGUGGGUCCAACCCAGGACCGCCACUUCAACGUCUACAAGCUGCGCGAGCCCCGCAUCGUGCGGUUCUCCGACUACAACCCCGCCUCCGACCCCGAGGGCUACUUCUACAAUCUCCUGCUGCAGCAGGCGCCCUUCACCAAGGAGUCCGACCUGAUCUCCGCUGAGAAUGACUCCCGCACCUACUUUGAGGAGUGCCGCCUGCGGAAGCUGGUGCAGAACACCAGCGACCUGGAGGUGCACCUGCAGAGCUAUGCGAACUACCACCUCUACAACGCCCAGCGUCGGCAGGCGCUGCUGGCCACGCUGCUUGGCAAGUACACGCCGUCUGAGGCCACCGAUGAUGGCGACGAGCUGAACCCGGAGGCCACGGCCUUUACUGUCAGCUAUGGCGGGCUGCGGGACCCUCCCCAGGCCGCUGCCCGACCGGCCCGUGGAGGGGCUGCCACUGCCGCUGCGGCGCGGGGGGACUCCGCUGCCCUCAAGGCGGCGCUGGCGGCGGAGUUUGAGGAACUCGACACUGUACCAUACACGGACGCGCAGGACGCCACGGUUGAGGCCAUCCUGCGCCACCAAGCAGGCGUCAUUGUGCUCACGGGCGGGCCGGGCAGCGGCAAGACCUUCACCACCAAGAAGCUCACGCGCCAGCUGCGGCAGAUGGGCAAGACCGUCAUGCUGACCGCCAGCACCGGCGCCGCAGCCGUGCGCCUCAGCGCCUUCGCGACCACCAACCACGGCGCCUUCGACCUGCCCUGCGGCACCGGCGCCAUGUCCAGCUGGGUCAUGGGCAGCUCGGAUGUGCACCCCAAGGCGGAGGCAUUGCGUGCAGCCGACGUGUUCAUCAUCGACGAGUUCUCCAUGAUGACGGAUGCACAGCUCACCCUUGUCCUCACCCGCAUCUUCCACGCCUGCCAUUACGCCACGCUCGACGAGAUGCUGGCCAACAAGCUGAUCAUCCUGGUCGGCGACCACGCUCAGCUGCCGCCCGUCUGCAACUGCGCUGCGAGGGCGGGCCACUCUGCUGCCGUGCUGCGCGCGGCGGCCCCUCAGGAUGCUGCUGCUGGGCCCGAUGACCUACCGCUGUGUGAGUCCUGCCACAUCGCGUCCAACCCCUUCUUUGGCCUGGCGCCCAAGUACCGGCUGCCCGCCUCGGUGCGCCACGCCAAGGACCCGGAGUUUGCUGCCUUCCUGGACAUCAUCCGCGUGCGCCCGCCCACAGCCGAUGAGCUUGAGGCGGUGUUCGGGCGGUGGAGCCCCGCAGCUACACUGACGCCCACCAGCGCGGACCCGGCGGCCUGCAGCCCCUAUUACAUCUCUGAGGACAUGGUGGCGCUCCUGUCCGACGAGCGCACCACAGUGCUGUGCACGCACGUAGAGGACGCCAAGGCCUACAACCACGCCAUCCUGGAACGCCUGGCCGCCACCGGCGCGGUGGGCAGCGUCCAGCCCUGCCCACUGCAACACGAUGUGCCGGCGCGCUCGGUGGCUGAGGUGGGCCUGGAGACCUGGCUGCGCGACGCAUCCUUCCGGACCAUCGAGCAGGUAGCGGUGGGCGCGCGCGUGGUGCUGGUGGAGAACUGUGACCUGCACAAGGGCGCCGCCAACGGCGCAGCAGGAGUGGUCAUUGAGCUCAGCUACCAGACACGCGAUGACGGUGUGCAGCUGGUGUCGGGAGUCAAGGUGCGGCUGACGGGCAGCGGCAAGUGCCUGUGGAUUGGGCGGCGCACCAGCAAGUACAACUGGUUCAGCGGCGUCAAGUACAGCAAGCACGCCUUUCCGCUCACACUGGGCUGGGCCAUCACCGCUCACCGCGCUCAGGGAGCCACGCUCAGCGGCGGCACCAUCAUCCACGCACGGAGUGUGUUCACGCCCGGCCAGCUGUACGUCAUGCUGUCGCGUGUGACGGAGCGCCGGCUGCUGCGCCUGGUGGGCCCGCUCCGGCCUGAGCUGUUCACACCGGUGCGGCUGCCCAACUUCGUGCAGAUCGACGCGCUGGCGGAGAAGCAGCGCGCCAUGCAGGCUGCUGCAUUUGCGGCAGCGGCGACCGCUGUGCUACUUGCGGCGGCUGCGCCCCCUCCCGCGGUGCCAGCCAUGGAGCCGAUGGACAUUGAUGGCCUGGACUAGGCUAAAUUGCGCUGCCAACACCUGCAUUCAUUGUCCCUUGACAUUCAUUAUUGACACGUUUGCGGUUGUGGUUUUCAUGCCAUGGAGUUCGCGCAUUGGUAUUCCGGUGUGCGCACGAUGGAUGCGAGUUUCCAGUAUGUGCCCAUGAGUCUUUUGGCGGCAGUAUGCUGCUGAUGCUUGGCGCCUUCCUUCUGCUUGCUCUGCGCCUUCCUUCUGCUUGCUUUGCUGUUGCACCUGGCUGUCAUGGGUGGCUGGGUGUCGAGUGAAGAUGCCAGCAGUGCAUUCCGCUGUGUGUUUUGCUGCUGUGGACCAGGUGCGAACACUGCUGCAUUGAACCUGCAAGGAGUCCUUGCUGUUGUGGGUUACACGGCGCACUGCUUUUGGUGCCUAGGUAGGGUCGCGCUUGACCAAUGCUGGUGGGCUCACCUGGGCUGCUGAUGCCUGGCGCCAGCUUGACAGCUGUGCAGCAUGUGCAUCACACGUCCUGUGUACGCCAAAACCUUCGCUGUAUCA